CGGGGCAUCUUCAUCUGCUUUGUCCAAAACAGACUGAACCACUGUGAGCCCGGCUAAACACCUCUGAUCUAAGGGAUUUAGAAAUGUUCACCACAGCAACCAAAAACUUUGUGGAGGAGGUGGACGAUGGAGGCCUGCUGAUCCCGGUGUCCCACCUGAACGACUCCAUCGCUGUGCUGACUGUGGUGGUGAAGCGGAAACGUUUCUGGUUCUGGCAGAAACCAAAAUAUCUUCCAACCGACUUCACCCUGAACGACCUGCUGACGGGGGACACGCCCAUAACGCCAGUUGUGCUGGAGACAGACUUCAUCAAAUACAGCGGCACCUUUGGAGACAACAUCGAGGGGAACGUCAAUGCUAAGCUUGUCAAAGCAAACGUGAGCAUAGGGGGUAAAGAUUCCUCUAAACUCCAGUCAUCCUUUGGCAGUUUGAAGAAAGAGGAAGUUGAGGUUCAGAAGCUGCUGCGAGACUCCAAAGACAGAGUGGUGGACAUGUCCCACUCUCUGAUCCAGCAGAUCAAAGAAAAACAGAAACAGGUUCUUUGCAUCGUGAAGGAGCGCAUCGUGACCACGCAGCCCUGUUCAGUCAUCGAGGAGGUGCAGCAGGGCGGGCAGUGCGGAGGGAGCCUGAGCCCCAAAAUAUCUAAAGUGGCGCUGAUGGAAAAUGGAAAAUUGAGCAAAGACAGCAAUGUAACAAUGGAGAUCCCCACACACACCACUAUAGCCUAUAGCCUGAUUGAGCUGGAGAUCAAGCAGGACGGGCACUUUGGGUUGUGUGUGAUGUCAGGCACCACUGGAGGGUUUGAAGUAGACGGCCAUGUUGAGAAGCAGCUGCCGGGCGUGUCAGCAGCACCAGAGGCCUCAGAGAGCCAUCUGCUUCAACAGGAACUGCAGAAACUCGAGGAUCAUUUCCUGCUGCUUUCUGCCCUUCCACCUUCCACCAGGUCGUCUCUGCUCCAGCACAUCACAGAGCUGAUGCAGGACCCGGCAGCUAUCGGGGCACUCCAGAACGCCCUGGAACAGAUGUAUCAGGAUAAAAAAACAAACCUGGAUGCUGGAUUAAUAGAGUCUCAGCAGCAGAAGAUCCAAGCAAUUCUUGAGGUGCUGCAGCAGCAGUCUAGCGCAGAAGAUUCAGCUAGGACAUCCAUCCUCACUGCAUUGCAUCUGACUACCAGCGCUUUAGAAGAGAUGUCAGAGGAUUGUCUCCCAGUUUUAAGAAAAUGUAGUAAUCCUGCAACCCUGCAGGCUCUGGAACUACUGGUGCAGUGUGCAUCAGGAAACUCGAAGCCGGCUCUGAGCAGCGCAGCUCUGCCAGAUGACGUCUAUGAAAGGGCUGAACACCUGUUUGCCUCCUCUAAUGUAUCUCUAAGCAGAGGCGGCGAUGUGGUACAGGCCGAAAUCAGGAAGGAGCCAGGAAAACGCCCUCUAUUCCUGUGCAUCGCCAUUAAAAGUCUUGCCUCUUUGGCCCAUGACUGAUCCAAAUUAACCCUCUACAGUAUGCUGGAUCAGAGGGAUUUGUGACUGAAUUGUUUUUGAGGGAAGAUUGAGGGUUAGAGGUCUUGAUCUAUAAACUAAUAUGUUCAAACACAAUGGAUAUCUCCUACAGAGAAGCACUAGCUGAUAAAUGUGUUCCACCUUUUUCAAAGAGAAAAACAUGACCCAUCUCAAAUAGCUUUAGAUAGUUAUUUUCCUCUAUAAGUAUUAAAUAUUACAUUUAAUCGUUUUAGGUUUUGACUGUUCUGCCUAGAACACUUAAGGCUGUUUUUUUAAGUACCUCACUAAGAAAUGUGUUGGAUACAAUAAUGUCUGUUAUUUACAAGCACAGAAAAACAAUGUGUCAAGUGGAAGUGAACCGACUCAAAAAUAAACCCUUAAGUAUUUCAUGAUUUUAUGUUUAGUGUUAAGCUUGUGUUCAUACUCUUAAUUA